CGCAGUCUGAGCGUUCUGAAGUGCUCUUGUAGUUAGACACGGAUCGCCAUGACCUUAUUGCCUAAUUUUAGACGAUUUAUUUGAAAAUCUUGAGGAACGUUUGCUAAUUGGCCGGUCUGUCCACGCCCCAUCGUUUAUAUAAGUGUUCAAAUCAAGGAUUCACCAUGACAUAUGUUCUGUGUGUAUGCGUGGAGCUGUAAGAUCGAAAGCUAUGACGGGGCGUCUACCGUUAUGGGCACUUAUGUGUCUACCAGGCCUGUUUGGACAAUUGCUGUCAAAGGAACGUGACUAUCAAAUAGCAAAACUGGAAAACCAGGUGAUGGAGUCUAUCCGAAUCCCUAUCAUGUCCCUUACUGAGAGUAUACUCCAAACCCAGAUGGAUCAGUGCGACAGGGCUAUCAACCUGCUGCAGAAUAAAAUGGUAGAAAUGGAGGAGCGAUUGCAGGUUCAAGAGACACGGGAGAUAAAUAGCAGGAUAGGAUUCUACACAUAUAUAACUUUUGAAACCACGGACGCCAUUCUUAAAUUCGACAGAGUCAUAUUUAACGAAGGCAAUGCGUACAACAGCUCCACCGGUAGCUUCACGUGCCAAGUACCUGGCACGUACCAUUUUGUUUGGUCAGUCCAGAUACAAAAUACGGACUGGGGUCACGUGCUUGUGGAUUUCCAAUUGAACGGGAACACAAAAGGUUUUACUAUAACGUUUGGUCCUAAGGAACACACAAGCACGAAUUCAAUUAUUAUUCGGCUUGAGCAGGGAGACAGAGUUUGGCUACAGAAAAGGUCGAUGAAUCAGAUCAAGAUUGCGGCCUACGAAACCUCAUUUUCCGGACACUUUUUGUUUUAUUAGGCAUACAUAUAUUACAUAUUACGUCUCUGAUGAUGCCAACAAAUCAUCUUCGACUGUUUGACAAUAAAGGCAUACUCUGCA